UUCUCAAUUUUGCUAUAUAUACACACUCGACGCAUUUCAUGGCAUUGCAAUCCUUUAUCAUGCAGAGCCUAAAUCCACUGCAGAAUUCCCUGGAUAGGUUUCUUUCCGAUGGCUUCGGCAAUGGCUGCCCUGAUCUCUUGAGCACUCAAAACCCUGUUUCUGUCACUGAAAAUGGUGAGGAAACAUGUAUCACAAGGAAGAGAAAGCUUCAGAGCUCUCCCAAAUCAAAGGCAACAAGAAUAACAAGACCGACAGCGGUGUCGAAGGAGAACGAGAAGGCACCAAAGACUGAUUGCAUUCAUGUCAGAGCUCGCCGGGGACAAGCCACUGAUAGCCAUAGUUUGGCUGAAAGAGUGAGGAGGGCACGGAUCAGCCAGAGGAUGAAGUGCCUCCAGGAACUGGUGCCCGGAUGCAGUAAGGCCACCGGAAAGGCCGGCGUGCUUGACAAGAUCAUCGACUAUGUUCAGUCCCUCCAACGACAAGUCGAGUUCCUGUCGAUGAAGCUUGCUGCCGUGGAUCCUGCAGAAUCCAGAUCAAGUAGCAUGGGCGUGUUCAUGGCUUCCUCUGAUCCAGUAUCUAAUGGUUUGUAUGGGGUGGACUUCCAGCUGGGGAGAGGGCCAGCAGCCUUCUUCCCAUUUCAGACAUUAAUGCAAGAUGAGAUAAGAGAUGGAAAACAAGAAUUAUGUGUUGCAGGAAAUAUCUUGCCUGACAAUCUGAAGAUGGAGAUGUGAUUCCUGAGCAGAAAACCAGGAUUGCUUAAUUACUGAACGUAGUGGCUAGUAUGUAAUCAUGAAUCAAUCAUGUGUAUCGUAUAAUUCAACAUCCCUCGACAAGUGGAAAAGUUAAUCAUUUAUCUUUCUUUCUUUUUU